UGUAGAUCAUCUCUGCAAGUAAGGAAUACAGGCUAACACUGGUGUUAUCCCUGCUGCCACCCCUAGAAAACUUGGUACAUCCCUUUUCCAAGUCUGAGAACAUAAAUAGUGAAGAAACAGGACAAGGGAGCAUAUUUCAGUGUGACUGAACUGCUGAUAUCCAGAGGAACGUGUUAACACCCCUCAGAGCUACAUUGUAUCAUGGAUCACACAGAGGUAUUGAAGCCACAGACUUUAGAUGAUCUCAUCCAGAUUCUCCACCAGAUCUUUGCCAGUGACAAAGUUAACAUAGAAGAAGUUCAGAAUAUAGUGGAGUCCUAUGAAAGCAAUCCAUUGGACUGGGCGAAAUAUGCCAAGUUUGAUCAAUACAGGUACACGAGGAACCUUGUGGAUGAAGGAAAUGGGAAAUUUAACUUGAUGAUCCUGUGCUGGGGUGAAGGACACGGCAGCAGUAUACAUGACCACACCGACUCACACUGCUUCUUGAAGAUACUGCAAGGGAACCUUAAAGAGACGUUGUAUGACUGGCCAAAGAAAAAGAAUGGCGCGAUGGUUCAAAAAUCAGAAGGUGUUCUGAAGCUGAACACGUGCGCCUAUAUCAAUGACUCCAUUGGUCUUCACCGUGUUGAAAACCCGAGCCAUACAGAGACCGCUGUGAGCCUACAUUUGUACAGCCCUCCUUUUGACCAGUGCCAUACUUUUGAUCAAAGAACAGGGCACAAAAAUGUUGUUAAAAUGACUUUUUGGAGUAAGCAUGGAGAAAGGACUCCUUUUGCCAUUGCACAAUCGCAGGAAAAUAACUAGUCACCUAGAUCCAGUUAGUCGGGAGAAAUAAACUCUGGAGCCUUGAAAUUGUUUGGCCAACCUUCGUAGCCUCUCUUGUACUUCCUUUGACCAAACUGCACAUAUACCUCCUUUAGGAUUCACAAGAAGGCGGUUUUGAAGCAAUGAAUUGCAUCUACAACUGGAUAAAAAAAAGUGGAUCAUAUUUUACAGUUUAAUGCUACGUGUUUUUUUUUCCUGUUUUGUUAAUGUUUUUAUUCCCACCAAUUUACAAAAAGUUUAACUUCAUACUGUUCAUGUCCCUGAUUAAAACAGAAACCAGUACUCUUAAUGUUUAAUGCCCAGAUUUGUAUGUAUAGAAUUUUUUAUUGAUCUUGUAACAAAUGUACA